AUGGAGUACGAGAUGAUGCUCUACCCGAAGGAGAAGACACCGCAAACCGUGCCGGCUGGGAACUACGUGUCGGACGUGUACGCCUCAUAUGCGGAGCUGUUCGAUCUGUCACUUGUGCCGAGUGACGGUGAGGUCCCACUCAGCCCUCAAUCGCAGCAGCAGCAGCAGCAGUUGGUGGCGUUCGGUGGGCCGGCCCCAAGCCCGGAGUACAUCCCGGCGACCAUCUUCCACGACGUGCCGGCGGCCGGGGGUCGGCCUCCGAUGCCGGCGCAGAUGAAACAGGAGCACGCCUGGUCGGACGGUUGGAGCAGCAGUAGCGGUUACAGCAGCUGUGGCAGCAUCAUCAGCAGCAACCCAGCAUCGCCGGAAUCGACGGCGUCCUCGUACGGGUUGCUGGAUCAUCCGCAUCAGCUGCCACACACCGGUGGAAGGUCAGAACAGCACAGAUUGUCACCGUACCAACCGAUCAAGAUCGAGUACGACUCCGGUGCGGAGACAAGCAUCGAUCUGGACGCGCUGCUCGGCGGUUCGACGGAGGAUCCUUCGUCGACACCUUCACCGGGCUCCGUAAAGGUGGAGAGCGGUUACACGCACGAGUCGACGGCUCCAGCAAAGGGCGGGUUUCAGAUAUUGCGGGAACACCUGCAGGAUACGAGCUUCCAGCGGCGGCACAAUCUGAAACCGCUAGAGCUGGAUUCGCUGAUCGGUGGGUUGACGACCCACGCCGAUAUUGGGCCGGUGUUUGAGUUCGCGCUGCAGGAGAUGAAGAAUGGCGUGCAGGCGGCGUGUGCGGAGUUGGGCAUCCCUUCAGAUCCCAAGCUGUGGCCCACGACCAAGGUACAUCAGUGGCUCGAGCUUGCCAUGAGCAAGUACUUCCUGCCGCGGUUGGACAAUCUGGCAGCACUGUUUCCGGAGAAUGGCGCCCAGCUGGCCGCCCUGCCACUGGACGAGUUCGUGCGCCGUAUUCCACAGGGUGGCGAUAAGCUGCACGGUUAUCUGGAGCUGUGGAAGCAAAUUCACCGGCUGAUGGUGGGCGAUAAUGCGACGAUCGACAGCAUGGUUACUGAUGGGCUGCCUGGGGGUGUCAUCUCACCGAUGGGAUGCGUCCUGUCGACUAACAGCUUCCAAAGUGGGCUGGCCGUUGAUGGUAUGAUGCUUGGGCUCGAGAUGGGAGCUGGUAGUGUAGUCGGACCUGGACCAAGCACGAGCCCUCCGAUGGUGGAGAACUUCGACAGUGACUCCAUGAACGACGACAUCAGUGAUGAUGACGACGAAGACGUCCCAAUGGAAAGCCCCGGAAGCUCCUCGUCAGCCGGUGGAGGACCAUCCACGAGCACCGGUACAGGUCAGCCCGGUCCGGCACCGAAAGCACGCCACGGUGGCUCACACAUCCACCUGUGGCAGUUCCUAAAGGAGCUGCUGGCCAGCCCGGACCAGCACCAGAACGCGAUCCGCUGGAUCGACCGAUCGAAGGGUGUGUUUAAGAUCGAGGAUUCAGUGCGUGUCGCUCGACUUUGGGGUCGCCGCAAGAACCGACCCGCCAUGAAUUACGAUAAGCUUUCGCGUUCGAUACGGCAGUACUACAAGAAGGGCAUCAUGCAGAAAACCGAACGCUCCCAACGGCUUGUCUACCAGUUCUGCAGCCCUUAUGCCCUGUGA